AAUCUCAGAUUGAUCAUGGAUUCAUGUGAUUAAGAGUUUGAGCGAUGGCUGAAGUCCGAGAAUAUUUGAUUUUCUUGAUCAUUUGGCUUAUUUCCACCAUUCUACUCCGAGCAUUUAUUAAAAAACGAUCUUCUCCACGCCUUCCUCCGGGCCCUCUAGCCUUGCCGAUCAUUGGCCAUCUUCAUCUUCUUGGCCCAAUAGCUCACCAAACUUUUGCCAAGCUCUCAUCACGCUAUGGACCCUUGAUUCACUUAUACCUUGGUUCGGUUCCUUGCGUGGUUGCUUCAUCGCCUGAGAUCUGCAAAGAGUUACUCAAAACAUGUGAAAGUUCUUUCUUAGAUCGACCCCAAACAGUCGUCACCAACUACACGACUUAUGGCUCUAAGGACUUCACGUUUGCACCUUACGGUGAUUACUGGAGAUUCGUGAAGAAACUGUGCAUGUCUCAGCUUCUUGGCGGACAGACGCUGGACUUGCUACUGCCCGUCAGGCGCGAUGAGAUGAAGUACCUGAUUGAUUUCUUAUUCGUAAAGGCAAAUGCUGGCAAGUCGGUUGAUAUGGGAAGUGAGCUCAUGAGAAUGGCAAACAAUUUGAUAUCAAGAAUGGUGAUGAGUCGAAGGUGUUCCGAAGAUGAAGAGGAAGCCGGGGAAGUAAGGAAACUGGUCCAAGAUAUCACUGAGCUUACAGGGCAAUUUAAUUUAUCAGACUACAUUUGGUUCUGCAAGAAUUUGGACUUGCAGGGAUUUAAAAAGCGGUUGAACGUGCUCCAUGGCAGACUUGAUGGAAUGAUAGAGAAGAUCAUAGAUGAACAUCAAGAAGAAAGAAGGAAACUGAAGCAGACAAGUAAGGAGGGGGAAGUUGCAAAAGAUCUGGUUCACAUUUUACUUGAUAUAGCUGAGGAUGAAAGCUCAGAGAUGAAACUAACAAGAGAGAAUAUCAAGGCUUUUGUCGUGGACCUGUUUAUAGCUGCAACUGAUACAUCAGCACUGGCAAUGGAGUGGGGAUUAUCAGAGCUGAUAAACCAUCCAAACAUCAUGCGAAAAGCAGCUCAAGAGAUUGAUUCUGUCGUGGGAAACAACAGAAUUGUCCAAGAAUCAGACAUCCCCCACCUCCCAUACCUUCAAGCCAUUGCCAAAGAGAUACUAAGGCUUCAUCCCCCAGCGCCACUUAUUCCGAGGGAGUCGACUGAAGAUUGCACCAUUUCCGGCUACCAUAUCCCAGCCAAGACUCGACUGUUUGUCAGCAUUUGGGCUGUCGGGAGGGAUCCUAACUACUGGGAAGACCCGCUUGAGUUUAAGCCAGAACGGUUUCUUCCCGAGGAUGGGAGUGCAAAAGGGCAGUUGGAUGUCAGGGGACAAAAUUUUCAUUUCUUGCCAUUUGGGAGUGGUCGAAGAGGCUGCCCUGGAACUUCAUUGGCACUGCUGCUUGUUCAGACAACCUUAGCUGCUUUGAUUCAGUGCUUUGAGUGGAAGGUUGAGGGGGGGAAUGGCACUGUGGAUAUGGAAGAAGGGCCUGGCUUAACGCUACCAAGGGCUCAUCAUCUGGUUUGCUCCCCAGUCGUCAGACUCAAUCCGGUUCCACCAAUGUAAUUUUCAUUAUAAAGUUAGACAUUAAGAGAAAGAAUCGAAAAGCUUCUUAGUACUUCUUACAACAUGAAAUCCUAUGAAUAAACUUGCUUUGUAUGGUUGAACUUGUUCCAGUGAUCAAACUCUUAGUUGUAUUUUAAUCAUCUCUAGAUGAUGAUCAAACUAUAUGUCUAAUGUAAACCUCACGAAUUAUAAUGAAACUUCCCCUGUUUUGUAGAA